GUUGAAAGGAAGACAAUGAAGAAGACUCCUGCUUCACAAGACAAGACAGCUGCUCCACCUCAAAAGGCGUCUGUAAAGUCAAUGGAGAAGACUCCUUCACAAGACAAGAGAGCUGCUCCACCUCAACAGGCUCCUCCUCGGAAGGCUCGGGUCGCACCUGAGCGCGAUUCGGCUCCAACGGGGAAGAUGGGGGUCCAGCCCGACAGCGGCGACAAGCCCCCCCGCUUCAAGGCCUGCUCCGGGGGCAUCUUCUGCAACAUUAAGUUGUUCGUACUCUGCCAUGGACUCCUACAGCUUGCUCAGCUCCUCUACAGUGCCUACUUCAAGAGCAGCCUGUCAACCAUUGAAAAACGCUUUGGUCUCUCCAGUUUAUCCUCUGGCUUCAUUUCCAGUUUGCAUGAGAUCAGCAAUGUUGUCCUCAUCAUCUUUGUGAGCUACUUCGGCAACCGAGUUCAUCGCCCUCGGAUCAUUGGUCUGGGAGGCCUCCUGUUGGCUCUGGCAGCCUUCCUUCUGACACUUCCACAUUUCGUCUCAGCCCCAUAUGAAUACUCUCAAACAGUCAUCAUUAACAGCCCCACCAACAGCACCAGUACAGAGAUCUGCAAUGGUGAUUUCAAGUGUCCAAAUGCCACCAUGAAAACCCAGUCAGAAGGUGGCACCAUGUGGUCAAUAAUGGUAGUUGCUCAACUGCUGGCAGGAAUUGGGACAGUCCCCAUCCAACCCUUUGGGAUCUCCUAUGUGGAUGAUUUUGCUGAGCCAAACAAUUCUCCCUUGUACAUAGCACUCUUAUUUGCCAUUGCAGUGUUUGGCCCGGCUUUUGGUUAUUUGCUUGGUUCUGCAGCACUGAAAAUAUUUGUGGACUUUGGAAGGGUUGACAUGAAGGAUGUGAAUAUGAACCCCGGAGACCAGCGUUGGAUUGGAGCGUGGUGGUUGGGACUUCUCAUUGCCUCUGGCUGCUUGCUGCUCACUUCUAUUCCCUAUUUCUUCUUCCCUCGAUAUAUGGUUAAAGGAAGGCAUCUGCAAUCUGAGGUGAACAUACUAAAGAAGAUGGAAAAAGCCAAGGCGGAGGAAGGAUCCUUGCUGGAUUUUAUUAAAAAGUUCCCUCGAGGUUUCAUAAAGUUGAUCCUCAACUCACUCUUCAUGAUGGUGGUGCUGGCUCAGUGCGGCUUCUCCUCUGUUAUCGCUGGCCUCUCUACCUUCCUUAACAAAUACCUAGAAAAGCAGUUUGGUGCCACCCCUUCCUAUGCUAACUUACUCAUUGGAUCUGUGAACUUGCCGGCAGCGGCUCUUGGGAUGCUCUUUGGAGGGCUCAUCAUGAAGCGGUUUGCCUUGUCCCUCAAAGCCAUCCCCCGGUUCUCCAUUGUUGUGCUCCUUGUGGCCACACUCUGCAUCUUGCCUCUCUUCUUUAUGGGCUGUUCCACGCAGAAAGUGGCUGGCGUUUAUCCACCCAGUUCCCAAGAGGAGGAUCAGUGCAGCCAACAAUGCUCCUGCUCAAAGUAUCUCUUUCAUCCCAUCUGUGGUGAUAAUGGUGUGGAGUACAUCUCUCCCUGUCAUGCUGGUUGCACCGGUUUUGUCUCUAAUUCUUCCAGUUCAAGGACUGUGAUCUACACAAACUGCUCCUGUAUUGUUACCAAGGAUGGACAGUCCUCAGCAAGAAAUGGAUCAUGUCCGCUGAGCUGUGCCCACCUGUUGCUGCCUGUCAUCUUUAUCAUCUCGCUUGCUGCACUAAUUGCCAGUCUCACACACAAUCCUCUAUACAUGAUGGUGCUAAGGGUGGUGGCCUAUGAAGAAAAGUCGUUUGCCAUUGGGGUCCAGUUCUUGUUGAUGAGAUUGCUUGCCUGGUUGCCGGCUCCUGCCUUCUUUGGAUUUCUCAUAGACACCUCAUGCAUCUGGUGGAGAAAACGUUGCAACAAAAGUGGUGGAUCCUGUUUUUACUAUAACAACAACUUCCUACGUACCAGGUACUUAGGUUUACUAGUCGGUUACAUACUUUUUGGGAUUCUGAUGUUAUCCUUGAUCAGCUGGAAGCUGAGAAAGAAGGAGGAAUACGAUGUCCAAGAAAAAACUGCUAAACCCGUGUAGCUCUGCAUUACAAGAUCCAGCUGGAAUGCCAUUUUGUACAAUGCCUGUAUUUACAUAACAGUACUUUGCCCUUGUGGCUUCUCCUUUUAUUUUUAUUUUUAUUUUUGCAAUAAGGAAACCAUUUCAUUUUAGCAUUUGAACAUCUGGCAUUAUCAGCUUCCACAGCGUGUAGUCCAAUUCAGUGGACAUGACUUUGUUGGUAAAUGGAGAAUAAGCAGUGCUUCUGGUGACCAAGCAUCUAAUCAGUGUUAAAAGACCCGGUUCAGUCUACUCAUCUCUUCAGCAGAUGUUCACUGUGAAACGAUCUCACAGGGCUAGGAAAGAGGCUUUGGCCAUGAUAUGGCCAUGAGGUCCCUUUGGGCCCGCACUUCUGUAUUCAACAACUCUCUGGACAUAUUCAGGAAGCUGACUUUUUUGGUGUUCUCCUUUCUCUCAAUGGCUAGGUCAGAUAGUUGGAAAAAAGGCAGCCAGAUCUUUUGAGGAACAUCAGAUCUCUGAAAAUGGUGAAUGAAAACUCUUAAGAGUCAGAUAGCUUGGACGUUUGUUGAGAAGAGAGUAGUCCUGUUUAUGAACUAUUUCCCAUACUGACUGAGUCCACCAAGCUGUUGUAUUAUAUCCAGGGUGGCAGGGAUAGUAAUCGACCACCCUCCAGGUGCUUAGACUAAUCUCUCAGGUUCCCUGGCUACAGGUCAUAGUAGCCAAGGCUUAAGAGAGUUGUAGUUCUGAACAUCUAUAUGACACUACAUUAUCUUUCCCUGAACCAAGACGUGGAAUCAGGGAUGGAAAGGAGUUAUAAGGGCUCAGCUUGCCUUGACAUUUGUGCCUUCUCUUUUCAUUUACUACACAGGUCAGAGUGGACAUAAGCUCCGCUUAAUGUAUAAAGUUAGGGUUUUUUGUGAUAUAUUGAAUUUUUAAAUAAAUGCCAUUUUCCAGUU